UCCCAGGGACCGGUGGUCUCACUGCCAGGGCUGGUGGCCUCGUCUCUAAUCAAGCUAAAGUGUGCUCAGGUGGGCUGUAGGUGCUGCUGGGGGUGUGAGGGGGUGGUGGGUGCUUUGAUGCCACCUCCACCCCCCCACACCUGCAGUGCAUUCCCAACCUGCACCUCCCGGGACCCCUCUUUCCUUUAUUAGCAGUCGGUGAGAGGGUAGGGGCUUGUUGCUCGGUGGGUGCUGCUGUCUCUGGUGUUGGAUUUGCUGCGGAGGAUGAACAGCUCGUUUGAUUUCUCCCGGUCACUGUCAGAGGAUCGGCCCGUGGCUGCGCUGUGGGGCUGCCAGCUAGGCACAGGCUCCCGGAGCUGCGUGGUGAAGGAGGAUGACGACUUCUUGGAUCACCUGGUGCUGCUGAGAACGAUCUGCCUGGGAGCUGACGCCAGGGACGAGCUGCAUGUGGUGGCUGUGGAUUCCAAAAACGCCUCCGGGGAGCACAAGCCGGUGCCCAUCGCGGCGCUGCGGAGCUCGCUGCUCCCCAUGAUCAGCCUCAAAGGCCUGGAGCUCGUCCCUCCCGUCACCUUCGUGCUCCAGUGUGGAGCUGGGCCAGUCUAUCUCAGCGGGCAGCUCGUCACUCUGGAAGAUGAUGCCAUGUCUGAAACCCACGAGGAAGAGCUCUUGGAGGAAGAUGUGGGUGAUGAGGACGAUGAUGGAGCUUCAUAGGACAGGGGCAGCCUGGAGAAGACUUUGGCUCUGGAGUGGAGCUGGUGUGGUGGUGGGAACAGCCUGUGCUGGGAGCUGCCAAUGCCCUGUGCCAAGGGCGGUGGAUCCUUGCAAAGGGACACAAACUGCCCGGGUUUGGGUGUCACCCCUUGUCUCCUCUCUGCUUGUGCCUCCCCCUGCUCGGGCUGGUCCCCUCAGCUCCCCCAGGCACAGCUCAGCCUCUCCUGCCUUUUUGCGCAGGCAAAUUCCAAUUAAUAAAUGCAGGA